GACGCUGAACUAGCGGCCCCCUGUUCCAGAUGUCUCUGCCAUCGACUGCUUCAAGUGCGUAUCGAACGACUACGACAACCCCAUGUGCGAGGAUCCCUUCCACAACAACUUCACCAGCGAGAUCUACGAGUCACCCUGCAUGGGCGGACGGAAGGACAGGAACGGCCUCUUCCCGGCCACUGCUUGCAUCAAGCUCAAUGGAGUUUUCCCCGACACGGGCAAACGACUGAUGGUUCGCGGCUGCGCCCUGGACAGCGGCACCCUCACGACCGACACGGAGAUCAUCCGAAUGUCGCACUGCGGCGGACUCGAGUUCCAGGGCAGGUACCUGAAGGGCUGCCUUCAGAGCUGCGAUGAUAUCGAUGGCUGUAACGGGGCUGGAGUCAGCGCGCUGACCGCUGCGGUCCUGCUCUGGUCAGCCCUAGUGGCAGCGGUGGUUCGAUAGGUGACUCGCUGACCUACCAGGGGUCACCCGCUGACCCACCGACGGGUCACUCAGUGACCUAGCAAGGGUUACUCGCUGGUCUCUGCACGGUAACAGGCUGGCGAAGGCCCGGUGCGCCCACCCCGCACUCGGGCAGUGACUGCUACUGCAGUUGAACGGUGCUGCACGGUUCAGUGGAAACUGCCGUGGUAGCUGGUCACUCAAAGACAUCCAGACCAGGAUUGACGUCUGACAGAGGACCCACGAACUCACCGUGGUGUCGACAGAGUGCAUAUCCACAGGGUGGCCUCCCAAAACCAGGGUUCUGUUACUGCUAUAUCAUCUAAUGGCGUAAAUGAUGUGACCGACCGGCAUAUAGAUAUAAUGUUGCAUCUGUGUUAUGUCGGGGUGAGAUAGUUUGUCAUGCUUGGUUGUGAUCUAAUUAUUUCGUUUUUUUUAAGCCGUAAAAAGAUAAAUGUUCUAGGAUGUUCUUCUGAUGAUCGAGGACGUUCCAUUUGUGCCUCGAAUAGAGAUGAUGAUGCCAGCCAUGUGAGUGCUGGUAGCUUUUCUCCUGCUUUUUAUCAACUGUUUUACUGUAUGCGGAAUACUACGGUCAAUUACAUAUGUUAGCAACAGAUCUCAUUAAAGCCUGAGUAGUAUUUGAGCAAUGUGAAGCUGAGGUCACCUUACUAAGGAAGGUGGUGGUGCAUCGGUUUCUGUGUUUCCCUUUCAAAGUGUGUUUCUUUUUAGACGCAUAUUUAUCUUAUCAUCCGCUAACGUGUAAUCACUAUACGGCACUGAAGGCACUGAACACACGCACAUCGCGCACAAAUACGCCGUUCGCUUGUUUACGUGCAUUUCCAGCCGCAGUUUCGUCCGUGGUGUGAGGACACAGUGGUAGCGAAUAUGAGUUCGUACUUGCUCUUGAUGGUAAGACAGUAUUAGGCAUUAAAUGUAAAACUGUUUGCUGUGUUAGUAAUGAGAAGCACCUAGUCAAGCAUGGUUCACGCCCGCACAACCACUGCUCAUGAAUUACAAUUUUUUUAAUAGUGUGCCAUGGACAUAAUCUCAUCCAAAAAAAUAACACAGUGCACAGUAGUUCAGAAGGUACCUAUAUUUGUUCUCUCUGUCAAAUUACGCCUUUAUUCGUAUUGACUCAAAUCAAACUGUAUCAGAGAGAUUCCUCUACGAUUUUUUUCGUACUUGAGUUUUUGGUGAUACUAUCGAUGCCUUCCUGAGUUGCUUUAAUGCUCUGAAUCUUUAAUGAGCCAAGCAAUCGCAAAAUUGAUAGCUCUAUAUCUUAUGACGGUUAUGUAAAUGCUUUCAUUGGAAAGACCAAAUACAAGACAAACGCAGUGUUCCGAUGAUUGAAGUCCAUACUGUCUAUUUUUUCUUUCGCAUUAAAAGUAAACAAUGAGUUAAGAAGUUGACGAUAUUGACGCAAAUGUAUUACGUGCGAGCGGUGGACAUAAAAACGUUUUGAGCCACACCCACCAAUCAGUAUUGUGUUUGUAUCUUGGGGUGCAAUGUUUAAGUGUGCAUGCCGUUACUGAUAUGAAAUAUAUUUUGUACGGA